GUCGAAACCAGUACAUUUUAAACUCACAAUUGAGAUAGGAUGUCAACAAAAGGUGGACGUAGAGAGCAUGGUUAAAGUAGUUAAUGGUUUGCUGGGAAAUAAAGCUAUGUUUAAGUUCAGGGUUGUUGGUGAACCAAAGAUAUUGGCAUUCUUUGAGGUUCAAAAUCCAGCGGAAGUAAGUACCAUGUGUUCCAGUAUAAUGAAAGAAGGUAAUUUCAAAGUUACAUGUACUUCUUUAUUGACAAUUGAGGAGUGGGCACAAAUAAUAGGAGUUGACAGUAAACUGACUGGACCUCCACCAAGAAAGCUUACUAAAGAGGUGGUGUAUAUGCUUGAUGUCAAUGCCGAAUGCAACGGUAUGACAACAGAUGAAUUUAUGAAUAUCUGGAAGGAAGAGGCAACAGCUGCCUUAUCUGUCAGAGCUGCAGGUAUAGACCUAGAACUGUUUAAAGUAUUUGGGCAGAGAAAGGUUAUUGGUUUAAUUUGCCAAGAUAGUCCAGGUGACUGGGAAAAAUUGAUGCUGAAUCUUCCAUUCGUUAAGAAAAUGUACGACCGUUGCCACUUCGAACUAACAACACUUACAAAACUAUGACAACAUAGAAAUUUUAUAUUAAACAUUUACACAUAUAUAUUUAAAACAGUUUAUACU